GGUUCAAGCACCCCCGAGUGGAAAGGAAAUAGUCUGAGCCAGGACUCUUCCAAUUUACGACGCCGAACAGCACGUUGAAAAUGACUAUUUCCGUCACAUUGCGUUUUGAUACGGAUUUAAUUGGAUUUUUGUAUACAUUUUCAAAUGUUUAUUAGGCAACUACAGAAGGCGAGGGGCUACUCCUACUCAAACUAAAAUGUCCAAGUGUCUCCCCCCUCUUGUAUCGUGAAUGGUUGUUCCCAUCGAGUCUGUAGAAACCAGCUGGUUAGCGACAUCUGCUUGCUUCGCUUAAGUCAACCGCGUCACGUUUUAGCCUUUUAAACGCGUUUAAAAUCAAUACCCACCCAAAAGUGAGAUUUAAAAAGACCAUUUAACGUCACCGGCGGUGAUAGUGGAGUUACUCAACACUCGCGGCAUGUCCGUUGUGGAAGUUUGAAAAGUUUUCGACUGACGUGGGAGAAGUUUUUCCAUUUUUUUCCAUUUUAUGUCGAAGCUAGCUCACACGGAGGUGGAUGCUAGCUCGCCUCCCCCGUAGCCUGACACGAGCCAGCUGGAUGCCUCCCUCGCCUCUCGAGUCACCUUCGAGCCUCACUACAGUGGAAUUGGUGCAUUGGAUUUAAUUUGGGAAAUUCUGGACAACUCUGGCGUCUUGAGCGUCGUCAAUCGAGGUGGCGUUCAGGAACCGCUGGCUUGGAGCUAGACAUGCAUUUUUCCAUACCCGAAACGGAAGUUCGUUCGGGAGAAAAUGGAUCUACCUAUGUGGCUUACAACAUUCACGUCAACGGCGUUCUGCACUGUCGGGUGCGCUACAGCCAACUCCUCGGCCUCCACGAGCAGAUCAAGAAGGAAUACGGAAGCAACGUGGUGCCUUCCUUCCCUCCAAAGAAGAUCUUCACGCUGACCCCCACCGAGGUGGAGCAGAGGCGGGAGCAGCUGGAGAAAUACAUGCAGGCGGUGCGCCAGGACCCGCUGCUUGGAGCCAGCGACUUGUUCAACAGCUUCCUGAGAAAAGCACAGCAGGAGACUCAGCAGAUUCCGACAGAGGAAGUUGCUCUGGAUAUCUGCCUGUCUAACGGUCAGAAGGUGACGGUUAACGUUUUGAGCUCCGAUCAGACGGAGGAUGUGCUAGAUGUUGUUGCAACGAAACUGGAUCUCCCCGAAGACCUCGUGGCCUACUUCAGUCUCUUCCUUGUCCAUGAAGGAGAAGAUGGAGGCCUUACAUUUGUGCGGAAGCUUCAGGAGUUUGAGCUGCCCUAUGUGUCCAUCACCAGCCUACACAGCUCACAAUUCCACAUCCUCUUACGGAAAAGCUAUUGGGACACGGUGUACGACGCUGAUGUCAUGGACAACAGAGUUGGCCUCAACCUGCUCUACGCCCAGACGGUGUCGGACAUCGAGCGAGGCUGGAUCCUCGUCACCAAAGACCAGCGCAGGCAGCUCAAGUCCCUGCAGGAGAAAGGCUCCAAGAAAGAAUUCAUCCGCCUGGGCCAGACGCUGAAAUAUUACGGCUACAUCAAGUUCGACCCGUGCGCCACCGACUUCCCCGAGAAGGGCUGCCAAGUGAUCGUGGGCGCUGGCAACAACGAGCUCAACUUCCACGUCAAGCUGCCCAACGAGCAGAUGAAGGAGGGCAGCUUCAAGGUCACGCGUAUGCGCUGCUGGAGAGUCACGUCCUCCCAAGUCCCGAUAGCGAGCUGCACCAACGGCCCGUGCCCGUCGGCCAAGUGCGACGUGAAACUGGAGCUGGCCUUCGAGUACCUGAUGAGCAAGGACCGCCUGCGCUGGGUCACCAUCAGCAGCCAGCAGGCCAUCAUGAUGAGCAUCUGCCUUCAGUCGAUGGUGGACGAGUUGAUGGUGAAGAAGUCGGGCGGCGGCAUCAAGAAGAUGUUAAGGAAACGACACAAUGGCUCCACGCAGCGCCCCGACUGUCAGCAAGCUGUGAAAUCACCCCCACUGCUGGACUCUCCUGAGCAGAGCUGUGAGCAGAUUAUCAAACUAUCGACCAAGCUGAGCUCGGUGUCCUUGCGAGGGAUCAGCGCCUCCAACUCGGCCAAUGACGUGGGCGCCAGCGAUUUCCACGGCAACUACGCUUUCGAGGGCAUCGGCGACGACGACCUGUAACGUCUGCGAGGCUCCUCUUCCUCCUCUUCCUCUCCAUCACACGUCCCCCGAAGGUUGCAAGUUUAGGUCCGAUGCUAACACGCAUGUCCCGUUGUGCCUCCGCAAUGUUUGUAGCAUCCAGGCUGAGAAGCAGCUGUUUUUUUGUUGUUGUUGUUGUUGUUGUUUUUUUUAAGUUUCCGGCCAUCGCGGUCAGUUGGCGUGAAAUUUUAUGCGACAGUACGCUGACGUUACAGAGCUACAAAGUCGAUCAGUUCACGUGGGAGGAGCAAAGAUGUGAGCCUUCUACCGACCCGCCACUAGUGGGAGCACAACGUGGAAUUUUCUGGAAAAUGACAACAUAUACCUGUACGUACGUGGCAAAAAUUGUUUGAGACUUGAAGUUGUGCAUGUACGCUCGCUGGACACGAGUACAGGUACAUCAAAACGCAUCCAGUGAGAUAUGAGAUUUGCCACACGGCGAAUUUAUCGACCGUAUUGAGUGUGCGACACGUUUGAAAGUACGCCGGUGCCUUGAGAUACGAGUGACCCCGCUUACGGGUGUUUCGAGAUACGAGCCGUCGUUUGGCAGAGUUCGAGUUCACUAGCUUAAUGCCAACGCAAAAUGGCGUCCGUGUGGCGGCGUUGUAAGGAAUGGGUAGUUUAUACAUGAACAGUUCAGCAACACACGUAAAAUGACUCACAGGCAUAUAGUCUUUAUCAUCCGCCAAAAACUGACGAAUAUUACUUCCGCUUACUGAAGUCACAGUAGUUGGGAAACAGUUUUUGGGUUUUUUUUUUAUCUGCAUGAGUGCAUUCUACUGCCGUGCACACCAGAAAGAGUUAAUCAUGAUGCACAAACUAUCUGAUUAUAGAAAUAACAAUCAAAUAGAAUGUAAAGGUUUUCAUGAAGUAUAACAUUAUAGAUUGCUACUUUUGAAGAAAGACGUUUGAAAAAUGUUUUGUUUUCUUCUGGGGGGGCGGAACAGAUGAAAUUUGUUUUGUUCAUUUCAGUGGGAAACGACGAGUGCGUACGGAAGGAAUUAAACUCAUAUCUCAAGGCACCACUUUAUACACGGACUUGAUCAUAACAGAAAAGCCUGCAACGUGUACUAGUGACUUCAGUAUUGUAGUAGUUGUACAGCAAUGGUGUAAAGACGGCGUUCCGCGGGAGGAGCUCAUUUUAUUGGCACGUUAUCGAUAUUUGCUGCUGCCGAAUUCAUCCCGCAUCAUGACCGAUAACGUACAGCGCGUACAGCGAUAUUUGCUUCAACCCGGAGCCACAAUAUGCAAAUUAGAGGCCGUCAUCGCAUCGUAAUCGACGGCUUUCUGAUGCACGGCCGUGUCGCCCGCCAUUUUGUUGGUUUCACGCGCGCGAUGUGGACUUUUUGUGCAGGCGUGCCUCAUGAGGCGUCCCGUUGCCGUCGCUGUUUUGUCGUCGCCGGUGUUACAUUUCUUACGCUAAUCGAUCAUCAAGUUGUCUGCUUUGGCCGAGAAAAACUCAACUAGCGACAAUUGGGGGAGCGACGCAAAGCACUUUCAGCAUUUGCACCAUAUCCAGCUUAAGGUCCGUGUACUAGUAGCCUUUUUGUACUAGUAGCCAUACAGUAGGGUGCGGAAAAAACAUUACCAGUUAAGAUAGUUGUUGUGCUCAUGCGCUCAAUUGUCCUACAAGUGAAGGACCAAGAGUGUACUACUAGUACAUGCUGAAAAGGCUUUCCGUGGGGGAGGCGGAUGUCGCUCGGUGGCUUCGGAAAGCCAUGUAUGAUUUUGAAAACGUUAUAAAUGCCAAAUUCUAGUUUACUAAAGCAUUUUGCACAAGAAUAAACACGAUGACGUCACUUUUUUGAUACGCUGUACAUGCAAUGAAGUAUUCCGAAUAUUUACUAAUUGUCUUUUUUUGGUGUAAUCUCGAGCAGAAAUGAACUAACGUGCCGACGUAUCCGUGUUUACGUUGUUUUGAGAUUUUCAUGUGAUUAUUUGACGUGCUCGUCGUGCCAAUCAUCUCACAGGAAGAAAAAGAGAGGAAAAAAAGCAACGUUCGUUCGUGCAGUGCCGGCAACCGAAUGAACGCAGUCGCGCGUUCUCCCGUCUCGAACGUUCGACUUGCAAGGGCUUCUUUUUUGAGGUCUUCUGCCAUCAGCGUCAGUUCAGUUUUAUGAUUUUAACAGAAAAUGAAACCUCGGAAGGCUUCGCUUUGGCUUUUUUGUUGACGGCAGGAGCUAAAUAGGAACAACGUCAUCAUCAUCAUCUCAGUUGUAAGCAAUAGUAAAUGAUGCUUGGACAAACAACAAGAAGAUGACGAAGAAGAAUAAAUGGUCUUUGUUUCAAACGCCUCAUUUUUCGCUCUUCUUGUGGUUAGCGCGGCUGCCUUAUUACAGGCGGGAGCAGCGUUGCAAAAUUCUGAGAGGUUUUCAAGUUGCAAACUUUCCAUAACUGGAAUAAAGCAGAAAUGGGCCAAAUUCAAGGUUGCGCCAUGAAGACCCUGCGAAGUUAAAUUCAGAUUUGUUUCCAAAUAUAUUACACACUUGAAGAGA